AUGGUAGGCCGGAGGUCAUGGCGAACAAGGAAAAACAUAUUUCUCUACAAAGCAGAUCAGACUGAAGAUGAGAUACCCAGGAAUCUUACUCAUAUUGACGUGCACGAGUCGGUCCAAGAAAUCCCUGAAGGUGUCUUUGUUGAAUACGCUUCCCUGGUUGACAUCCGACUGCCACAAGGUUUGCGUGUAAUUGGUCCGUAUUCUUUCACGGAAUGCGCAUCAUUGGAACAUAUUUCCGUCCCAUCAACAGUAGAAAUAAUUGGUGAAGGCGCGUUUCUCGGUUGUACUGGAUUGAGAGAAGUCGAGCUAUUUGAAGGGCUGAAGACUAUCAGCAAGCAGAGUUUCUUUUGUUGUGAAGAGCUGCAGUCGAUAUCAGUUCCGUCGAGCGUUAAUAUUAUUGACUGGGGUGCUUUUGAAAGAUGUACUUCCUUGACUGAUGUUAAGCUACGCAUCGGACUUGAAAGAAUUGGGGGCGAAGCUUUCCUGGACUGUGGCUCAUUGAAAGAGAUGACAGUGCCAUCAACUGUUGUCAACCUUGGGGAAAACGCUUUCACUAAUUGUGCCCUUCUGCAAGAACUUAAUCUGACAUGUAGGCUUUUGGAUACUGGUCUGGGUAUGGCUUCUGAAUGCAAGGCUCUUUCCCAAGUGAAAUUUCCAUCCACAUUGAGAAUCAUCAAUAGUGAAGCUUUCGAGCAUUGUACCGAUCUCUGCAACAUCAUUCUUCCACAAGGUCUCCAGGUCAUUGGAAACGAAGCUUUCUUGUGCUGCUGUUUGAAGGAGAUCGCCCUCCCUUACACUGUGAAAUCUAUUGGGGUGCAGGCAUUUGCAAAUUGCUCAUCCUUGAGAGAAGUCCACUUUGGGGAGGGCCUGGAAACGAUUGCAGACGAGGCCUUUCAUGGCUGUUCCGACUUGACUGGACUUUCUCUUCCAUCUUCUAUUCAAAUCAUUGGAACAUGCGCAUUUGCUGGUUGUUGGAAUUUGAUGGGUGUCGAAUUCCAAGAUGACGCAACCACCUAUCUCGAACCAAGGGUUUUCAGUGGUUGCAGGGCUUUGGUAACUGUUUCCAUUCCAUCUUCGAUGAAAGUAUAUCCCGAAGAACUUUUCGUUGGAUGCGACUCGCUCUUAGGAAGCGAAGAGGGUACGAUACUGCAACGACUGACGGAUCGUUUUGAGAGUCAUCCAAUCCACGCCGCCUGCUACCAUUCAUCUAUGUCUGAACUAUCAACUCUCCUUAUACGGAAGUCUGAUUACGAGUUGGUGGAUUGCUAUGGCAUGACUCCCUUGCACAUUGCAGUGACCACUGCAAAAUUGGAGAAGGACAUCUUGUGCUGUCUCCUUGAUUCGUUCGUUUAUGAGGACGUGUGUCGAAGGGAUGACAAUGGAAGAACCAUGAUGGAUUACCUGCUCACAAACUCUUCCGAGGGAGCCACAGCUUCGAUUGAAAUGGUAUUGGACACAUUUAUCCUUUGUCCAUCGUCUGGGUGGGGUCUGACCAAAUGGAGGACUGCCAUUCAUACCGCUGUGGAUCAGUACUUUUCGGCUGAAGACGGGCAUCAGAUAGCAGCACUAAUAGGCUUGGAGGCGACCUUUGCACGAAAUCUCAAGAUGGAGAUCAGCUCACUGCUAGAACUAGCCCUGUGGAGCAAGAGGAUCCAAUCUUUUGAUCGAGGCGACAAGCGGCAGAAAGUCGAUAGCCGUUUGAUGUGUGGUGCCGAUAUUGUCAUUCCAAACGUGUUGGAGUUCUUUGGAGACAUCCCAGCACUGACAAGUCACACUCCAUGA